GUUUCCUUUAAUAACAACUCCUCCUCCAAUUUUUCUCUUUCUUCCGCUGCACAGUAAUAGUUAAGAAGAAGUUUAGAAGAGAAUAGAAGAGCCCAGGAUUCUGUAUCAGAGUCAUCACAAUUUGGGAAAAAUCAAUAUCCGAAGAAUCUCUUUCAACUGAGAGAAUUAAGAAAAAGGGGUUUUAGAGAAGUGGAUUAGUAGUGAUGAUAAAGGCUGUUUGGUUGCUAGUAUUAUAAUAAUAAUAAUAAUAAUAAUAAUAAUAAUAAUAAUAAUAAUUCAGUUUAUUCUUUUUUGGGAUUAUGAAUAGGGGAGGAAUAGGAAUAGGAGGGCCAAUGCGAAGGUCGUUUAAGGAUUCUCUCAAAGUUCUUGAAGCUGAUAUUCAGCAUGCUAAUACUCUAGCAUCUGACUUUUCCAGAGAGUACGAUGGAGCUUGCCUACAGAUGCGAAUGUCCUACAGUCCAGCUGCGCACCUCUUCCUUUUCUUAGUGCAGUGGACUGAUUGCCACCUUGCUGGUGCCCUUGGAUUAUUGAGAAUUCUAAUUUACAAGGUUUAUGUUGAUGGCACCACAACCAUGUCAACUCAUGAAAGGAAAGCAAGCAUUAGGGAAUUCUAUGCUGUUAUUUAUCCCUCCUUACUUCAACUUGAAAGAGGUGUUACGGAUUCAGAAGACAAAAAGCAAAAAGCAGUUUGCUCGGAGAGAUACAGGAGAAGAGAUGAUGAGGAUUACAGACAGUCUUCUGACUCGGACAUUGAAAGGGAAGACGAAUGUGGAAUCUGCAUGGAAAUGAACAGCAAAAUUGUCCUUCCCAAAUGCAAUCACGCCCUGUGCUUGAAAUGCUAUCAUGAAUGGCGUUCAAGGUCACAGUCAUGCCCCUUCUGCCGUGAUAGCCUUAAAAGGGUAAACUCCGGGGACCUGUGGGUAUACAUGGAUAACAAAGACGUCGUGGACAUGACAACGAUAACAAGGGAGAACCUUAGAAGGCUAUUCAUGUAUAUAGAGAAGUUACCCUUGAUCGUGCCGGAUAACGUAUUUGACCACUAUGACACUCAUAUAAGGUAGAGGAGCAAUGCCCUAAAGACCAAGAAAUUGGUUGCACUAGAUUUAGAAAUGCAGGUGGACUACUUUCCACUUUCUGAAUUAGUAGAACCCGACCGCAUCGGUGUGGUGCAGGGGUUGAAGCUAAGUUAGAUUAGCCUGAAAAAAAGGAGCUUUUUAAUUGCAUCUCCUAAUUUGUACAUUCUUGUACAGGUUCCAGUUUACUUCUUGGAAGCACAGUACCCUUUUGUUGUUUGUUUCUAAUCUUCAGCAUUUGUUGUGGUUGCAUUCGAAAUAUAUGAUAUAGGAUGUAUUUAAUUGCCAAUUUAUAACAUUUCCUUUUCUUGCAAGCA